AUGGGACCACCAGGAACCCCUCGAGAUCCCACAUGGCACCACCACAACCCCCUGGGGCCAUCAGGAACCCCUCGAGAUCCCACAUGGCACCACCACAACCCCCUGGGGCCAUCAGGAACCCCCCGAGAUCCCCCAUGGAACCACCAGGAACCCCUCGAGAUCCCCCAUGGGGCCACCACAACCUCCCUGGGGCCACCAGGAACCUCUUGGGGCUACCAGAACCCCCUCAAGACCCCCCCAUGGGGUCACCAGAACCCCCUCGAGAUCCCCCAUGGGACCACCAGGAACCCCUCGAGAUCCCCCAUGGGACCACCAGAACCCCUCGAGAUCCCCCAUGGGGCCACCACAACCUCCCUGGGUCCACCAGUAACCUCCUGGGGCCACCAGAACCCUCUCGAGAUCCCCCAUGGGACCACCAGGAACCCCUCGAGAUCCCCCAUGGGACCACCACAACCUCCCUGGGGCCAUCAGGAACCCCUCGAGAUCCCCCAUGGGACCACCAGGAACCCCCUGGGGCCACCAGAACCCCUCGAGAUCCCACAUGGGACCACCACAACCCCCUGGGGCCAUCAGGAACCCCUCGAGAUCCCCCAUGGGACCACCACAACCUCCCUGGGGCCAUCAGGAACCCCUCAAGAUCCCCCCUGGGGCCACCAGAACCCCUCGAGAUCCCCCAUGGGGCCACCACAACCCCCUGGGGCCAUCAGGAACCCCUCGAGAUCCCCCAUGGGUCCACCACAACCUCCCUGGGGCCACCAGGAAUCUCCUGGGGCCACCAGAAACCCCUCGAGAUCCCCCAUGGGACCACCAGGAACACCUCGAGAUCCCCCAUGGGACCACCAGGAACCCCUCGAGAUCCCCCAUGGGACCACCACAACCCCCUGGGGCCACCACAACCCCCUCGAGAUCCCCCAUGGGACCACCACAACCCCCUCGAGAUCCCCCAUGGGACCACCAGGAACCCCCUGGGGCCACCAGAACCCCUCGAGAUCCCACAUGGGACCACCACCACCUCCCUGGGGCCAUCAGGAACCCCUCGAGAUCCCCCAAGGGACCACCACAACCCCUCGAGAUUCCCCAUGGGACCACCACAACCCCCUGGGGCCAUCAGGAACCCCUCGAGAUCUCCCAUGGGACCACCACAACCCCCUGGGGCCACCAGAACCCCUUGAGAUCUCCCAUGGGACCACCACAACCUCCCUGGGGCCAUCAGGAACCCCUUGA